AUGUCCGUACGGAUUGGCGUAUUGACGGAGAACAGCGACCUGGCUGAAGGUCUAAAGACUGAAACAGCACCGACGAAAAAGACGAAAUUUGUCGCACAGCUCCCAGAAUCUGAAGACCAGAAAUAUCGCGAAGCUGUGCAGAACGCUCUUCAAGCUGGACUUGACAUAAAUACGCAUUUAGACGUUUAUGGACCUCUGCAUAAGUGCGAAAAUGUAUUUGACAUUUUCCGCUUCUGCUUGAAUUUUCAGAAAAAGACGAAAUUUUUGGCAGAGCUCACAGGAACUGCAGAGCAGAAAUAUCGCGAAGCUGUGCAGAACGCUCUUCAAGCUGGACUUGAAGCGCUGCCGUCGUACCCUGAAGAUGAUGGGGGGUGGACGACGUUCUGGCAGAAACCCGCCGGCGCCAACCUCGCACGCCUUCUUUCGUCUAAGAGCACCAAAGUUGGCUGCGGCGUAGGAACAUGCACGGAAGGAGGAGGAGAAGAGCUUCGAACUGCUCAAAAAACUGUCACAUUUCUUGUUUGUGAGAUGCAGCCUGCAGCGGUGGCAAACGAGGCUCCCUUCGACAAGGAGUAUUACGAAGCGCUCAAAGAACGAAAAACAUUACUGACAGCAAUGACUGACGAGGACCUCAAAGCUCCUGUCCAGGGCGGGGCAGCUGCUGCCGUCCCCUCCCUUCUUGUAGCAGGCUUAACUGCUAUAGUGGCAUUUGCCUCUGCAUAG